AUGAACAUUAAGUGGCUGGUGGGGAGUGGGGUGUUUGAUGAACUCCAAACAUCCUCUCUUACUCAGAUACGACUAAACCCUAUCUACAAAGUAGUAGUGUCCUCUGACAAAUUGGGAAUGAUUGACAACUGGACUGGUACUCCUCAUGAGUAUAAAUUUCCCAAGAAUGUGAGCUGGGAGUAUAAAACAGAUACUGAUCUAUAUGAAUUUGCUAAAUGCAAGGCUUACCCAUCCAGUUUAAGUUUUUAACCUGAUGGCAAGAAAAUGGCCACUCUUGGCUCUGACAGAAAAGUCAGAAUUUUCCAUUUUCUGACUGGGAAGCUCAUGAGAGUCUUUGAUGAAUCUCUGAGUAUGUUUACUGAACUUCAGCAGAUGAGACAGCAACUACCAAACAUGGAGUUUGGCCAAUGUAUGGCAGUUGAGCAUGAGCUGGAGAAAGUGGAUGCAGUAAGAUUAAUUAAUUUAAUUUUUGCUGAAACUGGACACUUCAACAUUGUUCCAUACAGAAUGGGCAUUAAGGUCAUAAAUGUAGAGACUAACAGGUGUAUUUGUGUCUUGGGGAAACAAGAGAACAUCAGAGUGAUGCAACUAACAUUGUUCUAAGGAGCAGCAAAGAAACAUCGCGCUGCAAUCACUAUAGAGAGGAAGGCAUCUUAAAAUCCUGGUCUCCAGAAUAUCCAGGCAGAUCCAACCAUGUUUUACAUGUUUACUAAAUGUGAACCAGAAGACACAAUGAGGGCAGAUUAUGAAGAUGCAUUUAAUGAGAAACCUUCUAAAGAAGAGGUCAUGGCAGCCACUCAGGCUGAAGGUCCUAAAAGAGUUUCAGACACUGUCAUUAUCCACACAAGCAUGGGAGGUAUUCAUAUCACGCUUUUUCUUGAGUGCCCCAAAACAAUGGAAAACUUCUGUGUACACAGCAGAAAUGGUUAUUACAAUGGACACAUAUUUCACUGUAUCAUCAAGGGUUUCAUGAUUCAGACUGGUGACUAUUUAUGGGCGAUAGGUGCUUUAGAGGAGCAGCGGCACUUGCCAAGUCGCGGCUCCUCGCCUGGGAGCCAGGUGAGCAGCCCGUGUACACAGGAACAGGGGAAGUUCGCCGGGAAGCAAAACAGGGAAAGUGAAGCCAAUCACUUUUCCGACAAAAAUCUCUACUGGAGACCCGUGCCCGCAGCUACGGCAAACGACAUCGCUAUUGAUCGCGUUUGCAGUGCUGGCUGGAGCCGGGAGUAA